UAUACGUGAUGGCUCUUGUUCCAUACGUGGAGAAUUCUUUACCUAUCCUUUCUAAAUUCCACAACGCAUCUGCGCGGUUUCGAUUCUGUAACCACGAUAUAACCAUUGCCCAAGACUGGAAGAAGCUUGGAGUGGCUGCAGUUGUCUGGGAUGCUGCAGUUGUGAUGUGCAUGUAUCUAGAACUUGGACAUGUGGAGUUGAAAGGGAAAAGUGCCAUAGAGCUGGGAGCUGGGACUGGUUUGGUGGGGAUUGUAGCAGCAUUAUUAGGUGCCAAAGUGACCAUCACAGACAGACUACCAGCCUUGGACUCCCUUUCCACAAAUGUAAAAGCCAAUUUACCACCAAAUAUAUCAGAGUUGGCCACUGUUUCUGAACUUUCAUGGGGUGAAAAUCUCGGCAGUUACCCUGCUGGCGGAUUCGACCUGGUUUUGGGAGCGGAUAUUGUGUACUUGGAAAAUACUUUUGUCCCUUUGCUUAAGACGAUGGAACAUUUGUGUUCUGAUGCCACCACUAUCCUGCUUUCCUGCAAAAUCCGCUACGAACGUGACAACACAUUUUUGGAUAUGCUAAAGCAACGUUUUAGAGUCAAAGAGGUUUACUAUGAUGAAGAGAGAGACAUUCAUAUUUUCAAAGUGUCAAAAGUGCUUCAAAACAUGGAUUUAUGA